GGUGCAUAAUUGAUUAUGCACCGUGGUGCACGAUAUAAUUUGCCAUGGCUAGAAGUCAUGGGCAAUUUGGGGGACCUAUGUGAGAAGGGGGGAGGAGUUAGGGGUGCGAAUUUGGCUAACGAUCAAAGUUAAGGGGGUGAGAGUGUACAUAAAGAAUAAAUGGAUGGGGUAUAAAGCGAACAAAUGGAAAAGUUUAAGGACUAGAGUGUGACAAGACUAAAGUAUAUGAUAUCAAGGUGCAAAGAUUGUGAAUGGGGGCUAAUUGACAAAUAAUGGGAAAAUAGGGUCUAUAUGGUAGAUAUUUAUGAUUGGAGGGUCUAUAUUGAAAAGUUUGACCUCAAAAAUUUGUCCACUUCAUCAAGAAAAAGUCUAGACAUGAAGACAGUUGAGUAUCAUUAGUCAUUACUGCUGUCUUCUGAGUACCCAAAUGCAGCAAAACUAAAGAAAAGUCAAACUUGAGUAAUUAGACAGACUGUUAUUUUGAAACUACUCUCCAUCACAAGUUUACUUAUCUAUUUUCUGCUUCGAAAUCAAGAAUCGAGCAUGGCAGGAGGAGUAAAGCUGCUAGGAAACUGGGCAAGCCCUUUCGCCCUGAGGGUGAGAUGGGCCCUGGAACUCAAAGGGAUCAAAUAUGAAUACCACGAAGAAGAUCUAACAAGCAAGAGUGCAUUGCUACUGCAAUACAAUCCUAUUCACAAAAAGGUUCCGGUUCUGGUUCAUGAUGGAAAGGUUAUAGUGGAAUCGUUGGUUAUACUGGAGUAUAUUGAGGAAACCUGGAAGAAUACCCCCCUCCUCCCUGAUGAUCCCUAUGAAAGAGCCAUGGCUCGUUUCUGGGUUAAAUUUGCCGAUGACAAGUGUUUCCCAGCGAUGAAGGGAGUUUUUUUCAGCCAAGGAGAAGAGCAGCAGGCUUUUGUCAAAGAAGUUUGUCACAACCUGAAAUUUCUUGACAGUGCUCUCAACCGCAACUGCUGCUUUGGUGUUGCAAAGAUCGGUUUUGUGGAUGUCGCUUUAGCUUGGAUUGUAUGCUGGGCUCAGGUGAUUGAGGAGAUUGUGGGUGUGAAACUCAUCCUUGAUGAGGAAAUGCCUUCCCUUGCCAAAUGGCACCAGAAUGCCCUUGAAGCUGCCCCUGUUCUGAAAGAGUGCACACCGCCCCGAGAAAAACUGGUGGAGCAUUUCAAAGGCUUCCGCAAGAUGCUUGCAGCUGCAUCAAACUGAAAUAUUUUUUCGAUUAGUAUGGCUUAAGUACUCAGAAAGUUGUUGUGAAAUUAGUAAAUUACAAACUAAAGAUGCAGUGUACUUCUCAGUUCAUAUACAGUAUGGUAUAAAUAAAAUCAACAAGCUCCUAUAUAUUCAUCUAA